AUGUCAAUGAAGAAUGGGUCGCCGCGCCGUGAAUUCGGCUCUUCAAGAGCGAAUAUUCACAAGAACCCCGAAAUCCACAGGCUUAUCGACUUGACUAUGGAUUCUACCAGUGAGGGUGGUUACUCCGAGUCCGACGAACCUGUCUUCCCCAUGAAAGACUUUUUGGGCCCCCAACGACAGCGUCGCGUGAUCAUGCCGCCAGGGAACGAGGUCAAUGGCGCGAAAGGGCACCAGGCUAUUGUUAUCGACUCAUCGCCGCCUCAUGCCUCUCAUGUCAACGGUUCAGCGACGGAACGCAGCGAGAGCCGCCUCGAGUCAGAGCCUUACGAAAGUCGGAGUACUCCCAGAUUCGAAGGACGCCAUGGGUCCAGCGAUCGUUGGCAACUGCACCCUCCAAACACAUACAGUCACUCUUUCACAGAAAUCCGUCAAGCCUCUGACAAGGGACAUGGCCGCGCCGACGUGAGGGAUAUGCUCCUUGUCGACAAGCAAGGCCUUGUGUCAUCUCACCUGAACAUCAACCACGAGAGGCACAGCAGCGCGUCCCCUCACAUGAGCACUCUGGCGCAGCAGCAUGUCCACACAGUCUCAUUUCCAUCUCCUGGACGAAGCAACGCUAGCUUGUCAAUAUCCCAUCCCCAAUCAACGAAUCCCACGUCAGCCUCCCAGGCACACAUGGCACCUACCUUUUCACGCCAUUCUUCUCACCAUAUGCCUGCAAGCUCACACCGGGAAGGCUCAUCGGUCGGCGAGAAACAAACGCCAGGAUCAUUCGAAAUGACCACCCCCUCACUCGACCGUCAGUUCCACAACGGAGGAGGUGCUUCCCUACAGCAUACGCCAAAUGAGGUUGGGUGGACGACUGGCAAGAUCGCACGAGCUCUUGAGGAGCGAACCCAGGAUUUAGAAAGAUUCAACCAAGAUCUCGUUGCAUUUACUAUCAAAUCGGUCGAGCCGACGGAGAAACGCGUCCUGAAAGGCACUGACUGGUUCAGCUGCGUCAAGCACGACCCCGUUCCAGUCGAGGUUGGUAACAACGACAUGAUUAAGAUCAAGGUCAAGCAUCACGGACGCUCUAAGAAGGAGCAACGCACUUUCCAUUUCAUGCCCAUUUGCAUCAAGACAGAGAGACUACGUGUCCCGAAGUAUCGUUUUCAUCACAAAGAAAUCGCGAGAAACGUCCUGACACCAAACACUAUGCUCAAGUUCGUCCCCCACAUCCGCGACUUGGAAGCCAAUGAGGAACGUAACUACAACCUCUGGCUUAAGGAGCUGGAGCGUAUGGAUGCCAGCUGCGGUUUCCAGCCCAUGGGAACCCGGGAGCAGAGGGUCAUCCGUACAGCAAAGAAGGAGCGGACGGCCAUGCUGGCGCUUUACCUUGACUACUGGUUGGGAAAGCUGGCCAUACCCGACUGUACGAGAACGACUCUGAUCCGGCAUAUGGCCAGUAACCAAUCCGACAUGGCUAUCACACCGCUGCAGAAAUCAAGCUUGUAUGGCCUCCACCGGGGCAACGGACCAGCAGACACGCCACAAGCCGCCCUGUCAGCCAAGAUGUUCACCGAGGCAUUUGAUCAUGUUUUCCAUGAUGGCGUCUCACCUGAAAGGGCCGUCAGCCUUCGGGAUAUACUCUUGUUGGACAAAAGCGUCGAUGACAUUGUGGAAUCAAAGAAGACUGCGAAAACCGCUACGCAGGAUGAUGCCAAAUCACCAGAAGCCUUUCUAGAGACAUACGCCAUCAUGGGAUGUUUAAUCUGCUACAGCAAUUCGUGCGAGCAUGGCGACUAUGGCGAGAACAACGAGAAAAGGAACUUCUCGCUCGACUGUAACGGCCAGUUGGAACAGCUCCUGACGAAGAGUCGAGACGCCCACGAAAAGCACGCCGCGGAUCAGACCGUUAUCGAGCCAUGUAGCCGCGAAUGUUUCAUCCUCCACGGAGACGGAAGCAGCUUGGGCCAAGCAAUGGGUGCACGAGAAGCGCGACCCUGGUCGGCGUCCAACGAAGCGCUGCUAAAGUCUUUGUUCUCAUCGAUCGAAUGCAGUGGCAGAGUACGGUCUAAACCACAAUGUAUGGCUGCCGAGAUUCUCAAUCGCGCCUGUUGGGAUGUCCACCGACAGUUGAAAAAGCUCGAUAUCCAGCUCCCCGAAGAUACGAGCCCUGAACUGCCAAGGGUAAAGAAUCUUGCCUGGUAUGACCGACACAAGAAGAUCCUCCUAGGGGACUGGCAGGAACAUACCGAUACCCACGACCACAGGCUACGUGCGUGA